UGUGUCCUCCCCCCAGAAACAAGUUGAGCCCAAGAGAGCCGGGACUGUGGAUAUAUUCCGCGUGAACACAAUUUUGCAUUUCUUCCUUCUUUUUUUGUUUCGGUUUUCCAGACCCCCUCCAGCAUCAUUCAACUUAUAAUUUGAAGAUCUUUUUUAAUUUCUCUCCGCUCCGUCAGUCUUCUUUUUCUCCACCUCUGUGUUUCUUUUUUUUACAACACGUCGUAAUAGGCGUGUUAAGUGAAGCUGUUAUUAUUAUGCACGUAGGCUAUUAGCCCCGCAGUCUAUAUCUACUCUACACCAGGACGAACGAGUGAAAAAGCUCACGUUUCCAAACAGGAGUUAGUGUUGUUGUUGUUGUGUAUAGUGUAUAGUCUCUCUUCUUUAUCUCGAUUUUGUUCACCUGGCUGAUGCUCCUAUAGCUCCUACCUGCUGCUGCAUUAUCUGGAAGCCGCGAAGUUUCGGGUCUGGUGGUCGGCGUGAACCCGGCACUUAGUGUACUCCCGCAACCCGCCGCUUUCUGUUGAAUAAAAAAAAAGAGAAAAAAUUGUCACCAGCCCAAAAGUUUGCAGACGGCGAACACGAACGUGAGCGGCCGCUGGUGCCAACUAUGCACGGCAACGUCGGCAUGGAGAAAAACCAAUGGAAAGUCCAAGAAGACGACACCGUCAUUGUGGAUCCAUCAGACAAGGAACAGGCCGAGGAACCUCAUAACUGGAAGGCCACGGGCAUAGCCAUAUGCGCCAUCACCAUUGUGUUGCUGGCCGUCAGCACAGCUGCCCUCUAUUUGCGCCACCCCGAAGACGAGGGGGCUUACUGGCAAAAAGUGUCUUACGAUCUCAACUCGGUUUUGGACACGGAAUCGUCCAUCUUCAUUAACAACAGCGUGUCCAAGGAUCAGUGGAAGUCGACGCGCUGGAUUUCGGAUCGUCAACUGGUUUAUUGGGAUGCCUCUGGCGGACUCCGUGUCUACCGUGCCACGACCAACCAAUCACUCGCCCUCGUACCUCCUCAUGUUGUGUGGAGAGCGGACGAAUUUUGGCCGAGUUACGACGGCCGUUACGUUCUCCUUCGUCAGCACCACACGGGCGACCCGCAGAGCGAAGGCGAACUCUUUUAUGGCUGCCAUCAGCCGCAGCGCUAUUAUGCCGUCUACGACACCCUAGAAAAAGAUUUGUGGAAAAUACGACUGGAAGCGGAAGAACUGCAACCGACUCGUUUGGGAUUCGUUGGAUGGGCAGGGCGAUCCAACCGGCUUUACGCCAUUUAUCGCAAUAGGAUCUUUUGGACUAGUGAUGCCACCAGCCGGAGCGGAUGGAAACUACGAGGUGCAAACGACGACCAGUUUCCUUCGGAGCCGGAACAAGACUUUUUCUGUACCGGAUUACCCGAUUGGACAUAUUCAGAAGGAGUGACACGCUGGCGAAACCUUAUGUGGCCGAACGAUGGCGGCGAUUGGCUAAUUUACGCAACCUUGAAUUCUAGCCAGUGUCACCAUUUGGAUUUCAUCGAAUAUUUAGCGGACCGUUCGCGGGCCAGUAGCAUUCGUCACGCUGUGCCAGGGGGCCAGUUGCCCGAAAUCCAGUUGAAGUUGAUCCAUCUCGAGAGCAAUUCAGAGACCCAAUUGGCCAUCAGCCAGUUGGCUAACCAGAGGCAAUGGAUGUUGGUUCAAGUCGAGUGGCUGGACGCGAUUGGCUUCGUGACGGCCUGGAUGACCCGCAAUCAGAACGAAUUCAGAGUGUUCCACUGCCAGGUGGCCGCCGUGCCUGGAUGCAGCCAAAUUAUUGUCGAAGAAGCUGUCGCUGGACGCUGGCUGGCCUCCCCGUCGCUGUACCCCUCGCCCAGCGGUGACAGCGGCUUCAUUUUGGCAAUCUCAAACGCGGGGCAAGCGGAAGACCAGCGUCUCGUUUAUCACAAAUCGCCUUGGCACAAAUUUGUUUCGGUUGACCUCAACCAAUUACAAGUCAACCGCAUACUAGGCUGGGAUGAAGCGAACGACACCACGUACGUGUUAGCCACUCCAACAAGCGAGCCCCAAAAGAGGCAUGUGUAUCGCGUGAACGGGGCCACGACAGAAUGUCUCAGCUGUCAAAUAAUGGCCGACAAUUGCAACUUUGUCGACGCCAAAUUCGAACCGAAGAACACUGAUUUCUACGAACUGCAGUGCCUAGGGCCUCACAUUCCCAGUGUUCACGUUUUGGCUGCCGACGACAGUGAAAUUCUCGCUACACUUCUGCAGGUUGCCGACGAUAGCGAACUGCGAGACCUUCUCGAACAUCUGACGCCAACGAUCAAAUAUUUAACAAUUCCGCUCGAAAAUGGAGGUGUCGGAAGGGUCCAGCUGUUACUACCCCGUAGCUGGAACGAGAACGUUUACCAUAAACUGCGCUACCCUCUUAUUAUUCAAACCUUGGAUUGGAAUGCUGGGGACGCCUUGACUGACCAGUGGCGAAAAGAUUGGCCCACGUACUUUACUUUAACUCGGCAAGUCAUAUACGCUAGGAUAAGCGGACGGGACAGGUCAAAUAAGUAUGGAUCUCUUCAGACUGGCGUAAAUGACCUCCUUACUGUUGUCAAGUUUCUCAUGGAAGAGCUGAACCACGUUGACAGGCAAGCAGUUGUUCUAAUUGGCAAAGGGAUCGGUGGUUAUCUUGCAACUAUGAUGAUGGCAAUGGUGGCCAACGAGGAAGAAGAAAUUUUCAAAUGUGGCAUCGUUAUUUCGCCCACUACCGAAUGGUCCAUAUACGAGGCAAGCAUUGCUGAAAGAUACUUGGGAGAUGCGUCUGAUCAGCACAAUUAUGUCCUGUCAAAAACAGACAAUCACAUCCACUUGAUUAAAAAUGAUACAAUACUAUUAAUGGACUCGUUUCCGUACAACCCGGUUCAACAUUUUCAAUCCGUGAAAUUCAACUCUCAGUUGACUAAAGCAGGCACUCGUUUCGAUUACAAAACUUAUCCUCAGGCUGGGAUUAAGAAUAUGAUUGAAUACCAUUCUUAUCUUUCCUUGGAACAUUUCAUUACACAAUGUCUGCAAAAAUGAUUGUUAACAUAAUGUAUCAUGGUGGUGGAUGAAUAAAAGUUUAUAGUACAGCA